CAGAUGAGUCCGCACCAGCCUCAGGAGGGCCCCCCAGGCCAGCCCCACACAGCAGCCAGUCACAGCCAGGCGCGCGCUCGGAUCCCGGGUCCUCUGCCUCCUGCCCUGGAAUAGGCGAUCUGGCACGUCAGCAGCCGAAGAAGCCCACUCGGUCGAAGAGUUGGAAAUCCAUGGGAAACAGAGGCCUUGCGGCCAUUGUCCCCCUGGUGCAGGGCAUCCUGUCGGCCUUCGCCUCGGGCCUGAGGCUGGCGAAGCUGCUGGAGCUCAUGAGGAACCAGCACGGGGUCGCCGUGGAGACGCUGUGCCAGGCUGCGAGCACUGCGGACGUCCUGGGGCUGCUGGCCCAGGUGCCUGGGCUGCGGGUGCGCACCCCCGAGAGAGGCCCCCAGUGCCUUAUCCAGCUCGAGAGAGCAUUGGCAGAUGAAUCCGCACCAGCCCCAGGGGGCCCACCCAGUCCAGCCCCAUGCAGCAGCCAGUCACAGCCAGUCCUGUGCUCGGAUCCCAGGUCCUCUGCUUCCUACCACCCCGGAGGAGGGGACCUGGCGCGCCAGCGGCCGAAGAAGCCUGCUCGGUCAAAGAGACGGAAAUCCAUGGGAGACAGAGGUGUGGCUGCCACCCUCGCCCCCUUUCUGGGGCAUGUCCUGCACCCCUUCCCCCUGGGCCUGGGGCUGCCCAAGCUGCUGAAGGCCAUGCGGCGGGACCAUGACCUGGACCUGGUGGCGCUGAGCCGGGAAGCAGGGUAUGAAGACGUCCUGGGGCUGCUGGGGCAGGUGCCCGGGAUCUGGCUACACAAGUCAUCGAGAGGCAGCCCAUACACCGUGCACCUCCACGCAGUGUUGGCAGAUGAAUCCGCACCAGCCCCAGGGAGCCCCCCCAGUCCAGCCCCAUGCAACAGCCAGUCACAGCCAGCCCCGCGCUCGGAUCCCGGGUCCUCUGCCUCCUGCCGCCCUGGAGGAGGGGACCUGGCGCGCCAGCAGCCGAAGAAGCCUGCUCGGUCGAAGAAACGGAAAUCCAUGGGAGACAGAGGUGUGGCUGCCACCCUCGCCCCCUUUCUGGGGAAUACCCUGCGCCCCUUCCCCCUGGGCCUGGGGCUGCCCAAGCUGCUGGAGGCCGUGCGGCGGGACCACGACCUGGACCUGGUGGCGCUGAGCCGGGAAGCAGGCCCCGUGGACCCCAACUCCUGCUGA